GAGAGCGUGAAUAGGCGCUCGAGUUUUCCCUUUUUUUCUUUUCUUUUUUUUGACUUAACUCUUUCUGCAGAGAGCGGGGUAGCCCGCUUCCAUGCUGCACAGUUGCAUCAGCGGGUAAAUUGCAAAGUUGAAGGAGCCCUAAAAAGCAAAGCACUCCGCUCCAUGUCAUUCAAACCCGACGUGGUCUAUUAAAAGUAUCGCCUUGCUGGUGACUGAACUUCUACUAUUUAUGAAGCCCCGGGCUGGUGACUGCACAGAACACAGUAACCGGGAAAAGAACUGAGUAUUAUUCACGCGAGAAGAGCCCGUGCGUUGAACAAGAGGAAUUAUGGGCUUCUCUCAAACGCUGUUCGUUUACGCGCUGGUUUGCGUUCACCUCGGAGUUUCCCAGCAUUACCUUCGCCUCCGCCCUUCGCCCAGCGAUCACCUCCCAGUGCCCGACCUGAAGGAGGACCCGGACCCGGAGUACGACCCCCGGGAGCAGGACUUGGUCGAGAGGACUCUGAGGAAAAGACUCGGCAGUAACUUUGACCCCAACUUCAUGUCCAUCAGCCCCCCCAUGCUGGUGAACUUCUCCGCGCCAGAUAACCAGGUGAAGCCGCAGGGGCCCAUGCCCAACGAUAUUAAAAAGCUGGACCUCACAGAGACCCCCUAUGGAAAGCGGGUAAAAGUGGGCAAGAAAGCCCGUAGGAAAUUCCUGCAGUGGCUGUGGACCUAUACGCACUGCCCGGUUGUGUACACCUGGAAAGAUUUGGGUGUGAGGUUCUGGCCACGUUACAUCAAAGAGGGAAACUGUUUCUCUGAGCGCUCGUGCUCCUUCCCCGAGGGGAUGUCUUGCAAACCCGUCAAGUCAAUCACCAAGAUUUUCCUCCGGUGGUAUUGUCAAGGCUUUCUAAAACAGAAAUACUGUACGUGGAUACAGGUGCAAUACCCAAUCAUCUCAGAGUGCAAGUGUUCGUGCUGAUUCUCUCUAAGGAAGGAAGUAGUAGUGGUGGUGGUGGCGGCGGUGGUGGUGGUGGUCGACGGGGGAGUGGACUGGAAAUACGGUUUCUAUUGCACUGUUAACUCUCUACAGAGGUGGGCACCAUAGCAAAUCUAUUUUUUUAUAUAGCAUUUUAAGUGAAAUACCAACAUUGUACAUAUUUAAGAAAAAUGCAGCUAUUUUUUCUAAUUGAACCAGGACCAUAUUUUAUUCUCAACCCUGACAUUUUUUUUCGGAGGGGAACACGAGCACUUCGUGAGGAAGGAGCAUUUUGUUUUGUUGAUAUUUUUAAGAGACAUUGAAAAUGGAUUGCAUAUGCUACACUUCUCCAAGAGGUGACCUUUUUCUUCUUCUUCUUCAACUGAACAUUGAUGCUGACUGUUAUUUCACUGCAAUGCUGCCUAGAGUUUUUGUAUAUUAAUAUCAAUAAUAAUUAAAUUGUAAAAAAAGAAGAAGAAAAGUUGAGGUUAAAGAUAUAUAUAAAGGCGUGAACUCAGCUUUUUUUUGGAAUACAUAGUAUUGUAGGAAUAAACAAAUCUGUACGUUUUAUUUAUUAUUUUAACGAUUUGUGAGUAUAGAGCAUAAGGACAGAGAAUAGCAGAGUAUACCAGAAUAAAAAAAAUAUGGGAGAUGUCUACUUGAAUAUUUCUAAAAAUGACAAAAAAAUAAAUAAAUAAAUACA